AUGAACUUAAAAGAAUUGAUUGCUUUCUUAGGCACAUUUACUGUGUGCUUUUUCUGCGUAAGCACGACUACUGCAAAGGUUCAAGAGAAAUCAUAUGCUAUAUCGAUAACAGCUCUUAGAAGCCUUCUAGAUGUUGAGGACAAGCUGAUCGAAAAUUUAGGCGACUAUGUGGCAAAGCUAAAGGAUGAUCACAAUGUGGUCCAACAAGCAAUAUCCUUUUUACGAGCUAAGCAUCAUUUAAUGAAUGAUGAUUAUGAGAAAUACCUCGGCAACCCACUCAAUGCGUUCGCACUCAUCCGACGCUUACAUACAGAUUGGAAUAAAUGGGCAUCCUUUAUAUAUAGGGAGGAAUCAGAUGCACAAAUCAAAAUUGCCGAGCACAUGCGAAACCAACUGCCCACCGCUAAAGAUCUGAGAGAUGCCUCCCUUGCGAUUACCACCCUGCAAACCUAUUAUAACCUGAAACCUUCAGACCUGUCCGCUGGCUUGAUAGCUGGCCAUUCAGACCCAAACAUCAGACUUGCGGCUAUGGAUUGUUUUGCACUCGGAAAAUUUGCAAAGGCUAACCGGAUGAGUGACAUCGCCGAAGAUUGGCUCAACACGGCACUAGCGGUAUACGAUAAUGCUCACCAAAAGCUGUACGAAAUGUUCGCGUUCAACUUAUCCAGCAUAAAAACAUAUUUGGGAGAAUUGCUGAUUCAGCGUAACAAAAUAGACGAUGGCCUAUUAAACUCCACCAGGGAUCCACUUAGUCUCGAAACCCCAUCACAAGAGCAGUACUACGGAAAAAUUGUGUCCAUCAAAAAAGCUUGCCGCGCCCCUUUUAUCCGUCCCAUCCAUCUUCACUGCCGCUACAACACCACGACAACUCCAUUUCUUCGGAUCGCGCCAUUAAAAAUGGAAGAGCUAAGUAGCGAUCCCUACAUAGUAAUGUUUCACGAUGUCGUCUACCAGAGCGAAAUUGUCCAGAUACUCAGUAAAGCAUCUGGUCUAUUGCCUUCAUUAGUGGGAGAUAACCAGAAUAGUCCUCAACGCUCAUCUCAAGAUUUAAGUUAUCCUUCUGAUGAAAUUAACGCAACCGUUCGUAUUCAUAAACGAUUAACCGACAUGUCUGGACUUAGCAUGAUAGGUAGCGAUGAUCUGUCAUUAGUUCACUAUGGUAUAGGUGGCCAUUAUCACUUGCACUGGGAUUUCCAGAAUGUAACCACAGAGUAUAUGAGUGAGAAUGGAGAUCGCAUAGCCACUGUACUAUUCUUCUUGGGAGAUGUAGACCAAGGAGGCGCUACUAUCUUUCCAAGACUUAAUCUAACUAUCACACCAGAGAAGGGCUCAGCAGUUUUGUGGUAUAACAUAAAAAAUGAUGGUGAAGUCGAUACUAGAAUGUUCCACGCUGCUUGUCCUGUAAUUGUUGGCUCUAAAUAUGUGCUUACAAAAUGGAUUACGGAACGCGCUCAAAUGUUCAAUUUGCCAUGCCACAGGAUUGUAUAGCUCGAAAUUUACCAUUUCACAAUGAUUAAAAGAUUGCAACAUACCUAUAUAAUGGGCCAC